AGGAUUUACGUUGGUUCCGGGAGACGCGUUGGCAAUUUCCUAAACACAGCUCUGUCACUUUAGUAUCAUCCGAGGCCAGGGCAGGGGAGAGGUGUGUGUGUUUGUUGGAUGUAACAUCGCCUAGAGGAGGACCUGCUGUUACAGAAGACACUCGGACACCGAUUUGACAUGAGCAGGUUGCCCUGACAUGGACAAAGAGAUGAUUCCAAAAUUUUCAUCAAAGGAUGAGGAGGUUGAUUACUGGAAGUCCCAAGCCCUCAAAUAUAAGAAAAGUUGCCAUGAUGCCCAGGAGGAGCUGCAGGAGUUUCAGGAGGGAAGCCGGGAGCUGGAGGCAGAGUUAGAGGCACAGCUGGGCCAAGCCGAGCACCGCCUUCGAGACCUCCAGAGUGAGAAUGAGAGACUGAAGAACGAGGUGUCAAACCUCAAGGAGAAACUGGAGCAGCAGUAUUCCCAGAGUUAUAAGCAGAUUUCGAUGCUCGAGGACGACCUUGGCCAGACACGCAGCAUUAAGGAGCAGCUACACAAAUACGUCCGAGAGCUUGAGCAGGCCAAUGAUGACCUGGAGAGAGCCAAGAGGGCAACAAUAGUGUCUCUGGAAGACUUUGAGGGUCGUUUAAACCAGGCCAUCGAGAGAAACGCUUUCCUGGAGAGCGAGCUGGAUGAGAAGGAGUCUCUUCUGGUGUCUGUGCAGCGGCUGAAAGAUGAAGCAAGAGACCUGAGACAGGAACUGGCGGUACGAGAGAGGACUACGGACAGGAUGUCUGCACCCAGCUCGCCCACCUUAGACAUGGACAAGACAGACUCUGCAGUACAAGCCUCCUUAUCCCUCCCAGCCACACCAGUUGGAAAGAACAUAGAGCACCCUUUUAUCACCUCAAAAGCAUUAACCAACGGCUGUGGCAGCUCAUCCCUCACUCCAUCUGCAAGAAUCUCAGCGCUUAACAUUGUAGGUGACCUCCUGAGGAAAGUCGGGGCUUUGGAGUCGAAACUCGCUGCCUGCAGAAACUUUGCCAAAGACCAGGCGGCAAGAAAAAAUUAUGCCAAAGACAACGGCACACUCAUCAACAGCAACGCCACCAAGUUCUCUCACUCUCUACACACAACGUACUUCGAUAAAACGACUGUUAAUGGAUUGGACCCCAGCUCGUUGACCUCCAUGGCAGCGACCAGAGCCGUGCCCCCACCGGGCCUGCUGCCUCUGAGCGUGUGAGGCAUCCCCACACCACAUUAACCUCACCAAAUACAAUAUGGGAACAGAGAGGACACUUGAAAGACCAUUACAUUGUGUGCUGAGCGUGUGAGUGUGAGUGUGAGUGUGAGUGUGAGUGUGUGUGUGUGUGUGUGUGUGUGGGUGUGUUUGUGUGUGUGUGUGUGUGUGUGUGUGUGUGUGUUCGGGAUUGUGCACUUUUGAACGUGGUGUGUAAACAAGAGGCUUGACCUUACCAUGACCUUGCCUCCAGGUUGCAGCUCUAAAUGCGUCUGUGAGUAGGUGCACAGUGGUGUGUGCAUAUGUUCCUACCACAUACUUGCAUGUGCCUAAAGCUGUACUGUACUGUGCUUGUAUGAAUGUCACUGCAAACGCAUUACUCUGUAGAUGUCAACUCUGAAUUGACACCUUUAUAUUCUUAGUUCCACUCUUCAUCUGAAACUACUAUCCUGACAAAAGGUCUGACAGAUCACAGCUUCCUUCUACUCCUUCUUUUCCUUCUUUGUUUUCUCUUCAAUUGCACAGCUGAACCUAUCUCAAUUCAGAAUGUAUUAUAUUUAAAAAGGGAUGUGUUCCUAUUAACUAAUUUAUCUAUCACAGUAUGCUUUAAAAUGCAAUAUUUCUUAUUAGCUAUUUUCUUGCAUGUGUGCAUAUGUAAUGUGGGGUAGUGGAGGCGAAGCUGGACCCCAUAUUUAUGACUGAAGUGAAUGUUGAUCGUUCAAAGCCAUGUAGCCAUAGUGGGGUUGUUCUUUUUGUGACUGGCUACUUGCUUCUUUUUUUACAUUUGAAGUAGCUUUUUUGUUAAAGUUCAGAAAUAUCAGCUGGAUCUGUCCUCUGGGUUAAACCUGCACUUAAACAAACUGAAUCUCACUGGUUUUGUUGCAGGCAAGUAUUUCCGUCUGUGGAAUUCUGUUGAUAUUCUGAGGGAACAGUUUUGCCUUUUAUAUGUUGUUGUUUUGUUUUUUUAUUUGUGACCGGCUCAUUUACCUCAUUUUGAUGUUCAGGCAAGUACUUGUGGUAGAUUUUUAAUCCUAGCAGGCAAAUUUGGAUACUCAAGCAAAAUCAAACUCACUAGGAUUCUCAUCGGCACUGUUCUUUAGCAGGAGUACAUUAAUUCAUGAUUCACUGUGGCCUUUGUGUCAAGCAGCACAUUAGCUAAACAUAUGUCAGAUUAAGGUGUGUGAACCUAGAGUUAAUUAAACUUGACUAGAUAUUUUUAGCAGGUUUCAUAUUAUUUAAAAUCACCACAUUUUUCAUUAAUUUGGCCCCAAAAAUAACCCUUUCUCAGAUUUGUCUGUUACCAUCUUGAAACAUAACUUGAGGCCUAAAGUAUUCAUUUGUUUGAUGAUAUGAGAUGCCAUUUUGGGCACUCUGUGAGCCUGUUCCUCAAAGCUUGUUCUACAGCAAGUGUACAUAGCUUGUACGGAUGGUUAUUUGUACAUACUGAAAUUUGGCAUUAAGGUCCUAUUUAUUUCAGAUUCUGUAUGGCAUGUUCAAAUUAUAAAUGGUUAAAACCAUUGUAUAAUUAUAUUAAAAUGUUUGUCAAUAUUGUUUAAGUAAAUAAAAACUGAGAUGACAAAUA